AUGCUGAACUCCCUGUCUGACUUACAUGGCUAUGUGGAUAAGGGCCAGCUAACAUGUGAGCUUGGUGGGAACCUGGAGUACUGUCACAGUCAGUGGAUCCACCACAGGACAGUGAGUCACCAUGACAUUUGACCUUUUCUUAACAGUCUUUACUCACUGGGAAUUUCUUGUAACUGCAGGAUCUUCCAGAGAAGUGAAUACUGAAAUAUUGCCAGUUUCCACAUAAUCAUCCUUUUAAUAAUCCAAAAAAUGUAUGGCUCAUGGCACAGUAUAAUCUGAGGUGUGUUUGUGUUUUGCUCUCAGGCCAUUGAGAACUUUGCUGUGACAGUGAAGACCACAGCCCAAAUGCUGCAGAAGUUUGGCACAGAUCUGGCCGAGACGGAGCUGCCUAAUGAUGUGCAGUGCACCAAAGACCUUCUAAAUACUCACACUGAGAAGCAUGACAAACUCAAGGUGAGACGCUGCUUCAGCAUCAACAUGGGGCUUCUGAACCUGGCUACCUAUUAGGGUUCACUUGUACCCAUAGUUAGAAUCGGAAUAUUCCCUAUGUUUAUGAUUGGUAGUAUAGUAUUGGUAGAUUCACAUACAGUAGUGAGAUCAAAUUCACAGGGGACUGGUUUCUAUCAUAUCCUGUUGCUUAGUAGUUGAACCACAUCCAUUAGCAUCAAUGGCCUAGAUAACAACCAUAGCAAAGUAUAGCGUAGGAAGCAUAGCAAGUAUUCUAUUCCUAAACCAGACUGUUAAUCAGGUACAGCCCCUGUCUCAUGAUCCCCCCAUAGGCAGGUGGGUCUCCCCCUUGCAUAGCCUGGGAUUGAAUGAGUUAUUUCAUUUUGACAGGAUGAACUGAAAUUAGCGAUGAAACAGGGAACUACUCUGCUGGGCUGUAUCAAAGAGCAGGCCGCCAAGUCUGAGAAUCACAAACUAAACCCAGACGAGAUGGAGAACCAGUCUACAGUGGAAAGGUUGGUUACUGUGACCUAGUUCAGAUACUAUAUGUUUCUAAUAAAUGAUAAAAUAAUAAAACAUGUUUGUAUGUACAGUUAAGUACAAACAUGUACAUACAGUUCAUUAAUGCAUAUAAUAAAAUAUAUGUUUCACUAAAGCACAUGGGUUUCAGGUUGUUGUCCCAGCUGGAUGAGACAGAAAAUGCUUUUCAACAGUUCUGGUCCAAACAUCACCUCAAACUGGAGCAGUGCCUGCAGUUACGCCAUUUUGAACAUGACUUCCGAGAGGUAUGUAGGUUUCUAUGACAGAGUCCCUGUCUGCUGACUACUGUGGUCAGCAGGUUUAGCUUAAUCGUGUAAAAAAAAAGAGAGCUGGACAGAACACAUCCUGGCUAUUUGAGUUCCUCCAGAGAGAGCAAUGAAAGUUCAAAUUUUUACUGAUAUCCACAUGGCAGUCAAGGUCACUGAAAUAUAUGGAUAUUACACUACAUACACAAUAAAACAUUUAAUUUAAUGUAACUAAAUGUAAACGAAAAUGGCAUCUACGUAUUCCCCAAAUGUAAUUAUUUAUCAUGAUAGGGCCAUAAAUAAUAACUAGUAAUGCAGCAUACUCAAAGAAAGGCUCAAAUCUCACCUUUCUGGUUAAAAUUGUUAUAAAUUGCUGAGGUGUAGUCACUUUUGAGGACACAAGCCCAAGUAUGAUAAUAUAUUUUAUAUGAUGUAUUUCCUAUUCAACAAAACUGAAUGAAUAAGGCUAGAAAUGACUUUUAUGCUUUCUAAAUAUAGCAUCAUCAAAUUAUAAAAUGACUAACUAUAAGAUUUCAUCUUCCUUAUAACUGUAAAAUACAUUCGUAUGUUUAGUGUUAGAGAAAAUUUACAUAUUUUCUAAAGGUCUCUCUUGAUCAAAACAUCUGCCCCCAUCGUUGUGAACGUCUCACAGAGUGCUAGAUUGGCUUUCUGAACUCGUUAGGAACUCGCCUUUCAUCUCAUAUUAAUCCUGCCCGUCUAUGACAAACAGAAAGGUUUUUUUGUUUAAAAUCUAUGAAUUGUUUUAGAUUAAUGGCUAUACAUUUGAAUGUGCUACCGUGAUGAAACCACUCUCUCCUGCUGCGUUACUGUGAUGAGCACUGAGAAUACGAAGAGGCAGGACGCAGACGCAGGAAUUAACAAGGUCAAAGAUAGAGUCCACGACACGAAGCUAAUCAAUCACACACAAAAUCCUACAGAACAGGUGGUGAUGAGAUGAUGAGGUGCAGCUGCGCUUGAGGUGAUUAGGGUGCGUUGGGUUUCCAUUCCGGUGUUGCCGAGGUGGUGCGCUCAGACCGGUGGCUCAAUAGACCGGCGAAUCAGAGCGCCGGAGGGGAGCAAUAGGAGGAGACGUGACAGUACCCCCCCCCCCCCCACCGGAUGCGCAGCCCCAGCCGCUGGACGUCGCCGGCCAGGAGGACGACCCCGAGGAGCGGGCCGGUCAGGGCGGCGACGGUAGAAGUCCCGAAUUAGUUUGGGGUCCAGAACGUCCCCAGCCGGAACCCAGCUCCUCUCCUCAGGACCAUACCUCUCCCAGUCCACCAGGUAAUGGAGCUGUCCCCCACGGAACCUGGAGUCCAGCAGGUCCCUCACCGUCAAUGUCUAGGGGCGGAGGAGGCGUACCCCAGGGGACGGCAUCCGCCAGAGGACCAGGAACCACCGACCUGAGGAGAGACACAUGAAAAGUGGGUGAGACACGGUAGUGAGGGUGAAGGAGCAGCCAGUAUGAUACCUCAUUUAUCCGCCGGAGGACCUUAAACGGCCCCACAAACCGGGGGCUCAGUUUCUUGCAGGGCAGGCGGAGAGGGAGGUUCUUUGUGGACAGCCAGACACGAUCCCUAGGCUGGAAUACAGGGGCCUCACUGCAGUGGCGGUCGGCUUGGUCCUUCUGCCGACGAAUGGCCCUCUGGAGAUGGACAUGGGCGGCGUCCCAGACCUGUCCGGCCCUGUGGAACCACUUGUCGACAGCGGGCGCAUUGGUCUGGCUGGGUGUCCAAGGGGCCAGGGCUGGCUGGUACCCCAGGAUGCACUGGAAGGGAGUGAGCCCCAUGGAGGAGUGAACGAGGGAGUUCUGGGCAUAUUCUGCCCAGGGAAGAAACCUCGCCCACUCACCCUGCCGGUCCUAACAGUGGCAACGAAGAAACCACCCCAGCUCCUGGUUCAUGCGCUCCACCUGCCCAUUCGACUGAGGCCUAUACCCGGAAGUGAGGCUGGCCGUGGCCCCGAUCUUCUCUAAGAAAGCCUUCCACACUCGGGAGGUGAAUUGGGGGCCACGGUCCGAGACGAUGUCCUCCGGAAGUCCAUAAUGCCGGAAGACCUGUUGGAACAGGACCUCAGCGACCUGGAGAGCAGAAGGAAGACCAGUUAGUGGCAAAAAAACAGCAUGAUUUGGAGAACCGAUCUACGACCACCAUGACAGGGGUGAAGCCGUCAGAACGUGGAAGGUCAGUGACAAAGUCUAUGGACAGGUGUGACCAAGGUCGCUGAGGCACUGGGAGAGGAACUAGUUUGCCUGCCGGGGCAUUCCGAGGUGUCUUCAUUUGGGCACAUACGGAACAGGAGUUGACAUAGCGGGAGACAUCAGAAGCCAUGGUGGGCCACCAGUAUUUUUGGGGCUAGAGAAUGCAGGGUGCGCGUAAUACCAGAGUGACCUGCCGUAAGGGUGGUGUGCGCCCAGAUAAGGAGGCGGUCACGGACACUGGUGGGUACAUACACGCGCCCCGGAGGGCCGUUGGCAGGCCCUGGGACCUCCUGAGCCGCCAGGCGGAUGUCUUCGUCCACAUCCCAAAUGACAGGUGCAAUGAUGAGAGACGAGGGCAGGAUAGGACCCCCCCAGAUACUUAUUUUCUCCGGUAUGGUGCAUCCUGGAGAGUGCGUCGGCCUUCACAUUCUGGGAUCCUGGUCGGUAGGACAGAAUGAAUUGGAAGCGAGUGAGAAAUUGGGUCCACCUGGCUUGACGAGAGUUCAUCCGUUUCCCUGCCCGUAUGGGCUCCAAAUUCCAGGUGGUCAGUUAGAAUCCGGAAUGGAUGGACUGCGCCCUCCAGCCAGUGUCUCCAUUCCUCCAGAGCGAGGACCACCGCCAACAGCUCCCUGUCUCCAACUCCAUAGUUCCUCUCUGAGGGGGUAAGCUUUUUAGAGAAAAAGGCACAGGGAUACAUUUUCUCUGGCUUACCGUGCCGCUGGGUGAGGACCGCACCCUCCUCCGAUGCGUCCACCUCCAGGAUGAAAGGACGAGAUGGAUCUGGGUGUUUUAGGAUGGGCGCUGUGGUGAACCUAUCCUUCAGCCUCUUGAAGGCAGCGUCAGCCUCAGGGUUCCAGGCCAGCUUCUGAGGCCCACCCUUAAGGAGAGAGGUGAGCGGGGCGGCUAUGGAGCUGAAGGACCUGAUGAAACGCCGGUAGAAAUUAGCGAAGCACAGGAAGCUCUGUAGGCCCUUGAUGGUGGUGGGAACUGGCCAUGACCUGACGCUGUCCGUCUUUACUCCUUCCAUGAACACCCCCUGAGGACUGAUCCGGUAUCCCAGGAAGGAGAUGCCUGUUGGUGGAAUUCGCAUUUCUCCCCCUUCACCAACAGGCUAUGUUCCCUGAGGCGGAGUAGGACCAUUUGGAUGACCCUGACGUGCUCCUCGAACGUAGCCGAGUAGAUCAGGAUAUCGUCGAUGUACACCACCACCUGUCUACUCAGCAUGUCCCGGAACACAUCAUUGACGAAGGACUGGAACACAGAAGGUGCGUUGGUGGCGAGGCCGUAGGGCAUGACGCAGUAUUCAUAGUGGCCUGAGGUAGUGCUGAAGGCCGUCUUCCACUCGUCUCCUUCCCGGAUUCGGAUCAGAUUGUAGGCACUCCUCAGGUCCAACUUGGUAAAGUACCGGGCCCCUCAAAGCUGCUCGAUGGCCGACAGAACCAGAGGGAGGGGGUACCGGUACUUGGUGGUGACUGUGUUCAGCCCCCUGUAGUCAAUGCAUGGUCUCAGUCCUCCGUCGUUUUUGGCCACAAAGAAGAAGCUGGCGGAGGCAGGAGAGGUAGAGCAUCUGAUGAACCCCUGUUUCAGGGUCUCCGCCACAUACUUCUCCAUGGCCUCAGUCUCCACCAUGGAAAGGGGGUAAAUGCGACUCUUAGGGGGGUCUUGUCCCUCCAGCAGGUCAAUGGCGCAGUCCCAGGGCCUGUGAGGAGAGAAGACAUCGGAGAGAUCUGCGUACUCACGUGGAAUGUUGGGCUGGAGGGCGGACUCCGGACUCUCCACUGACGUGGAACAACAAACCACCGGCAGGCUGGUCUUCCGGCAUGAGGUAGACCAGGCUGUGAUUCUCUUGGUGCUCCAAUCGAUGGUGGGGUUGUGUAGUCUGAGCCAGGGCAAUCCCAAGACGAUCCGGUGAAGGGGUGAUGUGACGAUGUGGAAUGAUAGCUCCUCGUGGUGCUCCGGUAGUGUGGAAAUGGUGAUGAGGAGAGUGGCGUGCGUAAUGGUGCCUGAUCCAAGGGGUUUAUUGUCCAGUGAGGUGACGUGUAGCGGAGAUGGCAGUGGCACAGUGGGCAACCCCCAUUCAGAGACCAGCUCCCUAUCUAUAAGGUUCCCUGCUGAUCCGGAAUCUAUCAUAGCAGUAGAAAUGGAAGAGAAGGAAUAACCAGACACCGUUAUGGGAACUAAAAACAAUGGUUUUGUGAUAGGAGCUGACGUAACACUCAUGGAGCGGCAACGGGAGUCAUACCGCCUAGAUAAGGAGCCGCCAGGAGAUCUGUGGUCCUUGGUGGUUUAGGGGGUCCUGCCCACCUCCAUGGGUGAGGACUCAGAAGCAGGGCAGCUUCUAUAGCUCAGAUAGGGUGAGCAUCGAGACUCCGGGAGGUGUUGGGAACGCCAUCUCUCUCUCAACAUGUUGUCAAGACGGAUGGACGUGGUGAUGAGGGUAUCAAGGUCCAUCUCGUCGUCCCGACAUGCGAGUUCCAUCUUGAUGUCCUCCCGUAAUCCUCUCCUGAAGGCUGUGCACAGAGCACACUCAUUCCAGCCAGAAGACACCGCCACCGUGUGAAAGCUCAGAGCGUACUCGGACCCCUCUCUCUGUUGUAGAUGGAGGAGACGCUCACCCCCAUCCUUUCCCUCCGUGGGAUGAUCAAACACAGCCCUGAACCGAGCGAGGAAGGUGGGGUAGGUUAGUGCCACUGCCUCCUCUCCUUCCCAGACUGCCGUGGCCCAAUCCAGCACCUUCCCUUUAAGUAGCAAAAUCACCAGUGUUAUCCUGGCUUGGUCAGAUGGAUAUGCCCCAGGCUGAUGCGCCAAAUAAAGGGAAACCUGUAGCAGGAAGCCGCUACAUUUAGUAGUUUUACCAUCAAAGCGCUCCGGUAGGGCGAGGGUUCCCGCAGAAGUGGGCAAUAGCCCGGGAACAGGUGGAUUGGGGGAACUCGCCGCUCCCUGAGGUGGAACCAGAGCGCUGGGCAGAUUAUGCAGAGUUUGGAGCACUUCCUGCAUGGCGGCGUUCAACUGGGCAAGCUGCUGCUGGUGCUGGUCAAGGCACUGGAAAACUCCUGCUGCAUCCAUUUUUGUUUGGUGUGUGUGAUUCUGUGACGAGUACUGAGUAUACGAAGAGGCAGGAUGCAGACGCAGGAAUUAACAAGGUCAAGGUUUACUUAAACAAUGACAAAGACAAAUAACGAAGAUAGAGUCCACGACACGAAGCUAAACAAUCACACACAACAUCAUACAGAACAGUCCAAGGCUAAAUAGGGGUGGUGAUGAGAUUAUGAGGUGCAGGUGCGCUGGAGGUGAUUAGGGUGCGUUGGGUUUCCAUUCCAGUGUUGCCGAGGUGGUGCGCUCAGACCGGUGGCUCAGUAGACCGGCGAAUCAGAGCACCAGAGGGGAGCAACGGGAGGAGACGUGACAGUUACGAUGUAAUGAUUGCAAUGUAAGGUUCAGCCAACAGUUGAUGUACAGUCGGAAGAGCGAAUGAAAUGGUAGGAGGGACAUCCCAGCUUCAAGUGGUUUCACAUUUCACAUCCUACGUCACACAGCAAAGCCCAGGCACAGUUUCUCUCUUCUCUCAUGAAAUGAGGGUAGUGAUAAUGAAGUCAGAGCGUCCUCCUUGUAUCCAGAAUGCUGUGCUGAGGAUGAUUCUGCAAGCGCACUUCUGGAUGCGCUCCAGUCGGUCGGAGAGGGCUUGAGUUAAGGAGCUAUGCCAAGCUGGUGCUGCGUAUUCUAGGCGGGGCUGGAUGGAGCCUGUGUAUGGCUACCAGGUCAGCCUGUGGGACAUUGAACCUUUUUAGUCUGCGUAGGAAGAACAACUUCUUGUUUCCUUUUCUAACCAUGGAUGUUACUUGUUCAUCCCACUGUAGAUUAUUUUGCACAAUGACUCCAAGAAUUUUGACUGAUUCACAGACUUGCAGGUCUUUCCCGCUGAUUGUAAGGGGACUUGGAGGGGGAAGGUUACGUCUUUUGGACCAGCCUAAAUUUGGCCCAAAAAUAGACGUCUAUAAUUGGUCCGAUCCGGACCGGACCAAAUCUGAACCAAACAUAGACACCUACUGUAUGUUUCACAAGUUUGGACAUCAUAGUACAGCACAAUAAAGUACAGUAGAGCACAGCAGAGUACAGUACAGUACACAGUACAGUAUAGAAAAGUAAAGUACAGUGCCUUCGGAAAAAUAUUCAGACCCCUUGACUUUUUCCACAUUUUGUUACGUUACAGCCUUAUUCUGAAAUUGAUUAAAAAAUAAAUAAUCCUCAGCAAUCUACACACAAUACCCCAUAAUGACAAAGCGAAAACAGUAAAAAAAUAUAUAUAUUAUUAUAAUUUUUUGUAUUCUGGGUGAAGAUGGAUGCUCUGGCUGCCUCAUCUUGUGCUGUGUUUGAUAGUGUUGUUGUACAUCAGUAUUUUACCUCUCUGUCAGCACUGAGCAGGGUCCUACUCUUUCUUUUGAGGUGAGCUCCUUGAUGUUUUGUCUAUAUAGUGACAUGAUGGAGCUAUGAGGUUGGUAACCUUUUACUCAUGACAGAGUGUCUCAUGGAAGACAGGCUGGGUAAGUGGUCGUUUUUAAGUUUUUCUUCAUGGUUUCCUAGUUUGAUUUGUUUCAGUAGGUACUGGGUAUAGCAAGCCUAAAAAUUAAGCUUUCAGUUUGAUUAAGAUGUGUUAACAAGCGCUGCAUAUCAUGGACAUUUCCUGUAAGUGCCUGAAGCGGAUGGGGUUUGCACCACAGUCCUGGUACAGAGGGGCCUCCCAGCAUGGCCUACAUACAGCCAUUGCCACCAUGUUUCAAUCCGUCAACUGGUGACGCUCAUGGCAGUCACAGGAGGGACGUGAGAAAAGUGCUUUAGAGCAGCUAGGAAAAGAAAGUAACUUUAUUAUUCUGUAGUAGAGUGUUUGUGAGUGUUUGUGUGUGCACAAGGAUGCAUGUGUUUUUGAAUAUACAGUGCGAUCCGUAAUUAUUGGGACAGUGGAGCUCUAUACUCCAAAAGCAAAAGUUAAGUAUUUGUUCCCAUAUUCAUAGCACGCAAUGACUACAUCAAGCUUGUGACUCUACACAUUUCUUGGAUGCAUUUGCUGUUAGUUUUGGUUGUGUUUCAGAUUAUUUUGUGCUCAAUAGAAAUUAAUGGUAAAUAACAUAUUGUGUCAUUUUAGAGUCACUUUAAUUGUAAAUAAGAAUAGAAUAUGUUUCGAAAACAAUUCUACAUGAAUGUGGAUGCUACCAUGAUUAUGGAUAAUCCUGAAUGAAUCACGAAUAAUGAUGAGUGAGAAAGUUACAGACACACAAAUAUCAUUCCCCCCACAAAGAAAAUGCUAACCUCCCCUGUUAUUGUAAUGAUGAGAGGAUAGUAAGUUUGUAUUUACCCCCUUUUUCUCCCCAAUUUUGCGAUAUCCAAUUGCGAUACAAUUAUGAUCUUGUCUCAUCGCUGAAACUCCACAACGGGCUCGGGAGAGGCGAAGGUCGAGUCAUGCGUCCUCCGAAACAUGACCCGCCAAACCGCUCUCCUUAAAACCCGCCCGCUUAACCUGGAAGCACCAAUGUGUCGGAGGAAACACCGUUCAACUGACGACCGAAGUCAGCCUGCAGGCGCCCGGCACGCCACAAGGAGUCGCUAGAGCGCGAUGAACCAAGUAAAGCCCUCCCGGCCAAACCCUCCCCUAACCCGGACGACGCUGGGCCAAUUGUGCGCCUCCCUAUGGGACUCCCGGUCACCGCCGGUUGUGACACAGCCUUGGAUUGAACAUGGGUCUGUAGUGACACCUCAAGCACUGCGAUGCAGUGCCAUAGACCGCUGCGCCACUCGGGAGGCCCUACGAAAACAAUAUUUUAGACAUUUUAGCAAAUGUAUUAUUUAUUUUUUACAGAAAUACCUUAUUUACAUAAGUAUUCAGACCCUUUGCUAUGAGAAUUGAAAUUGAGCUCCGGUGCAUCCUGUUUCCAUUGACCAUCCUUGAGAUGUUUCUACAACUUGAUUGUAGUCCACCUGUGGUAAAUUCAAUUGAUUGGACAUGAUUUGGAAAGGCACACACCAUUCUAUAUAAGGUCCCAAUUUGACAGUGCAAGUCAGAGCAAAAACCAAGCCAUGAGGUCGAAGGGAUUUUCCGUAGAGCUACAAGACAAAACUGUGUCGAGGCACAGAUCUGGGGAAGGGUACCAAAACAUUUCUGCAGCAAUGAAGUUCCCCAAGAACACAGUGGCCUCCAUCAUUCUUAAAUUGAAGAAGUUUGGAACCACCAAGACUCUUCCUAGAGCUGGCCGCCCGGCCAAACUGAGCAAUCGGGGGAGAAGGGCCUUGGUCAGGGAGGUGACCAAGAACCCGAUGGUCACUCUGACAGAGCUCUAGAGUUCCUCUGUGGAGAUGGGAGAACCUUCCAGAAGGACAACCAUCUCUGCAGCACUCCACCAAUCAGGCCUUUAUGGUAGAGUGGCCAGACGGAAGCCACUCCUCAGUAAAAGGCACAUGACAGCCCGCUUGGAGUUUGCAAAAGGCACCUAAAGACUCUCAGACCAUGAGAAACAAGAUUCUCUGGUCUGAUGAAACCAAGAUUGAACUAUUUGGCCUGAAUGCCAAGCAUCACGUCUGGAUGAAACCUGGCACCAUCCCUACGGUGAAGCAUGGUGGUGACAGCAUCAUGCUGUGGGGAUAUUUUUCAGCGGUAAGGACUAGUCAGGAUCGAGGCAAAGAUGAACGCAGCAAUGUACAGAGAGAUCCUUGAUGAAAACCUGCUCCAGAGCGCUCAGGACCUCAGACUGGGGAGAAGGUUCACCUUCCAACAGGACAACGACCCUAAGCACACAGCCAAGACAACGCAGGAGUGGCUUCGGGACAAGUCUCUGAAUGUCCUUGAGUGGCCCAGCCAGAGCCCGGACUUGAACCCAAUCGAACAUCUCUGGAGACAUCUGAAAAUAGCUUUGACCGAGCUUGAGAGGAUCUGCAGAGAAGAAUGGGAGAAACUCCCCAAAUACAGGUGUGCCAAGCUUGUAGUGUAAUACCCAAGAAGACUCAAGGCUGUAAUCGCUGCCAAAGGUGCUUCAACAAAAUAUUGAGUAAAGGGUCUGAGUACUUUUGUUAUUUUUUUUAUACAUUUGCAAACGUUUCUAAAAACCUAUUUUUGCUUUGUCAUUAUGGGGUAUUGUGUGUAGAUUGAUGAGGUGAAAACGUUUGUAUCAAUUUUAGAAUAAGGCUGUAACCUAACAAAAUGUGGAAAAAGUCAAGGGGUCUGAAUACUGUCCGAAGGCAGUGUAGAUGUUUUUGAGGUAAGCCAUCAGGGCCAGACGCUUUGUGAAAAGUCAUUACAAUGUAACACUUUGUUUGUCCAAAAAUAGUUGCUUCCCCUUUACUUUUCUCACUUUUCUCAGUGUUACACAUGCUUUUUUAUGUUCACAAUUACAGUAUAAUGUUCCCUCUCAAGCAUAUGUUUGCAAAAACUGUACAAUAUGUGCCUGAUCUGCAGUUGUCUCUGUGUCCUCUCCCCCCUCCCAGGUGAAAGUGUCAUUGGACAGUCUGAUGGACACUCUGACUUUCCUGUCAGAUAUUGGGGACUGUGUCACCCGAGUGGAGAUGUUACUGAACGACCUCAAUACCUUAGAGGAGAAGGCUCAGGUCAGCUCAGUCACAUAACAUACGUUAUAUGAGAUGUAACAUCUAAACCUUACAAUUCCAAUGAUUGAGUACAUUGCACAAUGUCUCCACUAUGGCUUCAUUAGCAUAUGAUCAUCAGCCUUUGAUUGUAUUGUAUUUGAGCCUAACACGGAUGUGCCCCAGUGUGUUGGUCAUGUGAGAUGAAUGGCUCUCUGUCUGUCUGUUGUGUGCGUGUCAGGAGUCGUUAGAGAAGGCCCAGCUCCAUGCCCUACAUGGGGACCAGCUGAUCCAGAGCAACCACUAUGCUGUGGACUCCAUACGGCCCAAGUGUGUGGAGCUCCGACGCGUCUGUGAUGACUUCACCAACGAGGCCAAGAAGAAAUACGACGUCCUCUCCAAAUCAAACCAAAUACACAAAGGCAUAGACAAG